AAUAAAAUUACAAUUUUCCUGUCCCUUACAAAGUUUGAGGAUACAUCAUCAUAUGAUUCCUAGGUGCUAAGGGGUGUUAAUCAUGUCAUAAUCCUAGCUAGGUCUACAGGAUUAAUAGUUGUGAACCAUAAUAAUUUCCAUCGUGCAGAUUCGAUUUCCUCCAAAUUUUAGAUAUUUAGUUCCUAAUAUCUGGGAAUGCUCAUCUUCCUUCCUAACUUCAUGGGACCAAAACAAAAGUUUCCUUGAACAACUCGAACUAAUUUGCCCAUUCCCCAUUUUCUUGUUCUCUCUCUCUCUCAUUUUCCAUUUCUCAGAAUCAUCCACCACCACUGUUAUUCUUCCAUCAUCUUCAUUCUCAUCAACCCCCGCCCAGUGCGCCCACCACCCACCACAAACCACCGUUGCUGAAUGCUCAUCACAUAAUUGAUCCAAAUACCGUGCAUGCUCGGUCGCCAUCCUCCUCCCAUUGCUAAUCCGGUGAUGGGAUACCCACCAGCGCCGCCGCAGCCACCAUCUUCAACCGCCGACACUUCCCGUCCUUCUCCUCCUGAGUCUCCGCGGUCCCUGGCAGUAACCCUCGUCCAGCCUUCCUCCAAGAAGAAACAGAAACCCGUCAAAGCCUUCAGAAAAGCCUUCCGGAAUGCAUUCCGGUCCCUCCCUAUUAUUACCCCUGUCUGCAAAUUCCCUGCCCUUCCCGGAGGUCGCCUCGCCGACGGCGGAGAAGGUCGUGUCAGCUGCACGCUCUUCGGGUACCGAAAGGGCCGGGUCAGCCUCUCGAUUCAGGAAAACCCUCGAACCCUACCGAUGAUGGUGGUGGAGCUGGCGAUGCAGACCCACGCGCUGCAGAAGGAGCUGAGCCUCGGGAUGGUGAGAAUCGCCAUGGAAUGCGACAAGCGGCCGGAAAAGGACAAGACGAAGCUGAUGGAGGAGCCGCUGUGGACGAUGUAUUGUAAUGGGAAGAAGAAUGGGUACGGCGUGAGGAGGGAGGCGACGGAGGAGGAUUUGCGCGUGAUGGAGAUGCUGAAGGCGGUGUCGAUGGGGACGGGAGUGAUCCCCCCGCCGCCGUCGGAGGCGGAGGGGCCGGAAGGGGAGCUGGCGUAUGUGCGGGCGCAUUUCGAGAGGGUGGUGGGAUCCAAGGACUCGGAGACGCUAUACAUGGUGAGCCCAGAUGGGAGCAGUGGACCUGAUUUGAGUAUAUACUUCGUACGGGUAUAAUCAUACUUGUUCAUCUCUUUCCAAAGAUUUAAAUUGUAUUAGUAUUAGUUCUAUUUAUUUAAUAUUUUUACACACUUGUUAUUAGGAGAAGGUGUAAAGAAUAGAGGUUUGAUGCCUUUAAGGUUGUUUAAUUGUUAAGAAAAUUCUCUCUAUAGGAGUUAAGGAAUUGGUACUAAUUACAUGUGGAGACGAAGUCACAUGUCGACUUUUGGUCGCAUGAUGGACAAUUCUGGCUCCGUCCCACAAUGUGUUGAAUUUGAUCAGCCUAGUUGUUGUUCAACUGGAAAAUGGUGUAAAUGAUGAAUUUCCUUUUAGUGUA